AUGUAAAAUCCAUUAACAAAAUAUCUAAAUACAUAAGACAGUAUGGAUUAAGCAUAAAAUUACCAAUUGGAUGAAUAUAAAAAGAGAAAGGAUGCAAGCUGUUUAGAUAUUUUAGGUAAUUAAGCUGGAAUCUUGAUUUAAUAAAAAUUUGACAAUUUCUAAUUUAGAUGUCUAUCUCCUAAUGUAUUUUAAGUGUUCUCUAUAAAUGAUCAAGGGCAAUUAAUGUAAUAAUUAGCAUUUUUCAAAUGUAUAGAAAUAUCUUCAGAUUGUUCAAAAUGCUGUUUGGGGUAUUUCUUCUUAUAUAUUUAGCCCUAAAAUUCGGCCAUUUGAAAUGUUAGCAAUCUAGGAUGCAAAGACUUUUUACCAAACAUAGAUAAUAUAGGUUAAGAAAAUUCUGAUCGAACGAUUUUUAAAUUUGACCGAAAUUAUACAUGCACUUGUUGCUGCAUAAAUAUAUUUUAUGUAGAAAAUGGUUAAAAUAAAAAUUUAGGAUACAUUAUUGAUCCUUUAUAUUGUUGUAGAAUUGGAUCAUACAUUUAUGAUUCUGAAAAUAAUUUAAAAUACAUGAUAGAGGCUAGUACUUGUUAAAAGUAUUUUUGGUUCAGGUGCCCUUGUAGUGAAGAAUGUAAUUAAGUUGACUUAGAAAUCAAACUUCCAGAUGGAGUUGUUGGUAAAAUAAAGAAAUUAUAACAAUAGUUGCACCAAUACAAAAACAAUUGAAAAAUUGCUGUUAAAAAUAAAAUUAGGACUAUUAUUCUGAUAAUCUAAAAGUUUUAUUCCCUUAAAAAGCAUCAAAAGAAGAUAAAGCUUUAAUUCUAGCAGCAACCAUUUUUAUUGAAUUCAGUUAUUUUAUGAGAGGGUGA